CAUACUUUCUUCAACCGCUAAAUAACAUCUUUUUCCAUCUCUUUUAAAAUCAGUUCUGAUGGCUGUUUUCUUCCAUUUGGUCUGGUCUGUGAUCAUAAUCAUUCUGAUCAUCAUUGUCUGUGUCAUCCGGCAUAGACGCAGUGCUCGUUAUGCAGAAUCUAUCAAGACUCAACAGGCUGUUGUCAUGACCGUAGACCCGCCUGUGCCUCUGCAGUCCUUUCCUGCUAAUCCCAACCUUUACUACCCUCAACAACCGCCCGUUGCUGGACCUGACUAUCCAGUUUCUGAUCCAAAUCAGUCUUACCAAUACCAGCCUUAUCAACAACCAUUCCCACAUCAGCCACCACCUUCUGUUCCUCAGCAGCAACCUUAUCCACCUUUUUCAUCGCAACCAUCUACACCGUAUCAACAGCAGCCGUAUCCUCCUUCUGCUUUUGAGCAACAGCUCCCUCCUCAAAUACCCUUCCAGCAGACUCAAAAUGUCUAUCCGUCAACACAGCAACAAUCGUUUCAGCCAGCAAAUUAUCCACUUAUUCCUUCAUCCGCUGGCACCAUGACCUCACCUCCACCUGCUUAUUCCACAGCCAAUUAAGUCUAAGCUAAAAUUAUUUUCCCAAGCACCACUAACAGGACUAACAGCAAUUUCUAGGCAAAUAUUGCAUUCUAUACCCUUACACCUGUACUGAGGAAAAUAUAGCUUCGGUUCUCGAGUCAACGCAAGCAACAGUGUUGUAGUAUAUAAUACUAAAUGCUAGAUCUUUAAGAAUUUAUACACAUAAAAGCUUUACAAUUUAAUACCGAGUCACACUUUAACACAUGCUGUGGUGUAUUUUUUUCAAGUUGCUAUAGAAGUUGGUUC